AUGGCAGACGAGAGAACCCGGGUACUCUUCCUGGCAAACAGCGAACAUGGUCAAACAAACAUCAUACUCGCCAUUACUCAUGAGCUUCUUGUUCAAGGCAAUGUUGAUGUUCAUAUUGGCUCAUUCCCUGUCCUUGAACGCCGGGUUGAGAAGCUUGUAACUGACAAUGCCUCUGCAUACGACGAGGGCUUCCGGUCUCGCAUCCACUUCCAUCCGGUCAGAGGGCCUUCCAACACGGAUGUCUUCAUUCGGACUGGAAAGAGGGGUGCGUUUCAUCCUCCCGGCUACCAUGGUGCGGUCUUAGGGUUCCAGUCUCUGUGUGAAGACAUAUGGGGCUGGACUGAAGACGAGUAUGUCGACAUCUAUGAGAGCUGCGUCGAGAUCAUCAACGAUGUGAAGCCAGCAGCGAUGGCAAUCGACUUUUUCUUCCUUCAAGGUCGGGAUGCGGCGUACAACACAGGCCACACAGCAAUCCUUAUCAACACAACAUCCAUCAGCCACAUUGUCCUGGGCAUGCAACCCAAUUCCGCAGCCCUCUGGAAGUACCCUUUACCUGGCACUGGAUUCGCGUAUCCCAUUCCAUGGCAUACAAUCCCCCUUAAUGCUCUUGCUGGGCUGAAGACAGCCAAGAUGUAUCACGGCAGCGGCCGUCGUCGUGAGAUCAGAGAAUGGCGAAUCAAGCAUAAGAUUCACGGCAGAUUCCCCUUUGCAGAUGCAUGGCGGCCCGACCGAUUUCAUAUUUCACCCGGCUUGUUGGAGCUAGACUGGCCAUUCAGCGUAAUGCCUGACAACAUCCUUCCCUGUGGGCCAAUUCUACUUCCGACUGCAUCGGUUCAAAAGCAGGACCCGGAGAUGGCGCGCUGGCUCGCAGAUUCUCCGACCAUCCUUGUCAAUCUAGGUACGCUGUAUGCGCCUGACCCCAAGGUUGCAGAGGAAAUUGCUACUGGUCUGCGAAUGUUCCUCGAUGGCUGGAAAGGCGAGAAAGUCCAGAUCCUGUGGAAAUUGCCCAAACAUCCACAUGACGAGGAUGAUAUCUAUGGUCGAUCAGUCGAGCCCUUGAAGCGGGAGAUGGAGGAAGACUCUGUUCGCAUCCGCCCCUGGUUUGAGGUUGAGCCGAUGGCGAUGUUAAAGACUGGUCGGGUAAUCUGCUCUGUUCACCACGGAGGUGCUAACUCGUGGUACGAGGCAAUUCAAAACGGUGUCCCUCAUGUUGUGCUUCCGGCAUGGCAAGACUGCUAUGAGAACGCCGCUCGAGCUGAGUGGCUGGGGAUCGGUGUCUAUGGCAACAAGAGCCGUGCUCCCAAUAUCAGCGCGAAGGAGCUGAGCAAGGCGCUACUAAAAGUCAUGAGCAACAAAUCGUACAAAGAGCAGGCCAUCGACAUUGCGAAGCUCUGUCAUAAGAAGGAGGGGCGAGUGGCAGCGGCGGAGAAGAUCGUGGAGAUCGCGCAGUCUCGUGACCAUGGCAAGCUCGCCAUGCGUCUGCCGGAAAUGAGCACCAAAUGUCCGUUAUACGAAGUCAAGAACCGCCAGGGAAUGGUUCUUCAGACGGCCCAGAAGCCUAAGACCGGAGGGAAGGGGGCAUCAAAACCGCUGCUCACCAACCUCUACGAGACCCUCCUCAUGACUCUUCUAAGCAACAUCUGGCUGGUCUUCCCAAUCCUAGGCUACUCACUUCUUCUAAUCCCACGUCUCCGUCUCCUCGCCCUUAUCUAUAUUCUCUACAUUAAAUUCAUCGCCAAGGCCCACAAGACCGGCACGUUGUCUCUCCGCAACGACCGGUUCCGCCACUCCUCCAUCUGGAAAACUACCUAUGCCAACUACUUCCCACUCACCCUCUACCGCACCGUUCCCCUCUCACCGCAGAGACGUUAUAUCUUCGGCUACCACCCGCACGGUAUUGCUCUCCGCGGCGCCAUCGGUGCCUUCGCCGCCGAGGCAGCCGACUUCUCCCAGCUCUUUCCAGGGAUCACCAACACCCUCCUCAUGAAGGAUAGCUUUUACCACACCCCCUUGCUACGCGAAUACCUGCUUUCCCUGGGUACAAGUGGCGUGUCACGCUCAUCAUGUAUCCGACACCUCACACGUGGCGGCCACGACGACCGCGGCAUGGGCCGUGCCAUCACCAUCACCGUGGGCGGGAGUCGGGAGUAUAAUAUCGCAAAGCCGGGCACCAUGGCGGUGGUUGUAAAGAUCCGCAAGGGCUUCGUGCGUGUUGCGGUACAGACGGGAGCAGAUCUGGUUCCCGUCAUCGCGUUUGGCGAAAAUGAGCUCUUCGAUCGCGUGGACGUGAACAGUUCAUCUGCGCUUGGCCUGGUAGCACGGGCGUGGGAGUUUGCGGUGGGUCAUCGCGUAGCGUUCUCGACUGGUCGGUUUGGCAUCUUCUGCCCCCACCGGAGGCCUCUGAAUGUGGUGGUCGGAAAGCCGAUCGAAGUGAAGCAGCAGCGAUGGGAGCCGGAGGAGACGUAUAUUGAUGAGGUCCACGCGCAGUACGUGAAGGAGUUGGGCAAGCUGUAUGAUGACUGGAAGGAGGUGUUUGCGCCGAAUAAGGACGUGAAGUUCGAGGUCGUGGAGUAA